AUGAUAUACUCUUCUGGAAGAGAAUCGUACUUCAACUUGAACUCAACCUGGUAUGAUCCCUCGGGGUCCUGGCUGGACACCCGGCGCACACCUUUCCGCUACGCCUACAACACCUGCUGCUCCUCGGGGUGCGAUGGCGAAGGCGGUGAAGGUGCGAGCUGUGUCAGGAGACCCACGUACAGCUACGGGUCUUCGGGGGGAUGCAACAGCUACGGGAGGUCGGUCUGCGCUGAGAGAUGCCACGGCUCCUCAGGUUCAUGCCACGGAGGUGGUUCCAGCUGUGUCAGGAGACCCACGUACAGCUACGGGUCAUCGGGGGGAUGCCACAGCUACGGGAGGUCUGUCUGCUCCGAGACGUGUCAUGGAUCCGGCUACCAGGGGGGCAAGCCCUGCUCAGGCAAGCCGACCCAGAGCGUCCCGCAGUGCUGCCCACCCCAGACCUGUUGCCCUCCAGUGCAGCAGCAAGGCGGCGCAUCCGUGGGCUACGGGAGGUCGGUCUGCUCCGAGACAUGCCACGGGUCCGGCUAUCAGGGGGGCAAGCCCUGCUCCGGCAAGCCGACCCAGAGUGUCUCGCAGUGCUGCCCACCCCAGACCUACUGCCCCCCGGUGCAGCAGCAAAGCAGCGUGCCUGUGGCCAAGUGCAUCCCAAGCCAGCAGCAAAAACAGGUCUGCAAAAUGCCGGCCCGGAAGAUCAAGUAG